UAGUUCUUAGGUAAGGUGUGUAUAAUGUGUGAGUGAGAUUGUGAGAGAGAAGAGAAAGAUAAGUGAGAGAGAGAGAGAGAGAUAGAGGGAGAGAGAGAGAUAGAGAGAGAGAGAGAUAGACAUAGAGAAACAGAGAGAGAUGAAGUUCUUGUUCCAGUGUCCAUGUUGCUCUUGCUUCUGCUUCAUGAAACCAAAGCAGGGCAAACCAAAAGCUGUAGACUCAAAACCAAAGGAAGAGAAGAAGAAAGAGGUGAAGAAAGAGGAAAAGAAAGUAGAAGAGAAGAAAGAAGAAAAGAAAGAAGAGAAGAAAGAAACCAAAGCCGAGAAGGCCGAGUGAAAGCUCUACUUUAAGAAAAUUUAAUUAGCUAUCCCAAUUUUAUUUUAAUUUCUAAGAUUAAAAUAUGAUGAUUAUGAAAGCUUAAAUAACUUGUAAUUUAUUAUGGUUUAAUAGCCUUUUUCUCCAAUAUGUUUUAAUCUCUUAUCAAUUAUAUCAAUGUUGCCUGUGUUGAAUU